GAGCAAUUGAAUUUCAAACACAAACAAGCGCACGAGCGCGCAGCACCGCGCCGCUGCAUCCGCGCCCGCCCCGUCCGAGCGGCGCGGGCGCACAGCCGUGGCCGCGCCGGAGCUGGGGCCGGGGGCCGCCAUCGAGGCGGGGGCCGCGCGAGGGCCGGAGCGCAGCGGCGCCGCUACCGCCGCGCGCGCAAACUUGGGCUCACGCUCGCCGGCGCGGCGCGGAGCCCGGGGCGCCCGGAGCCCCGCCAUGUCGCGCUCCAACCGGCAGAAGGAGUACAAGUGCGGGGACCUGGUGUUCGCCAAGAUGAAGGGCUACCCGCACUGGCCGGCCCGGAUUGACGAGAUGCCUGAGGCCGCCGUGAAAUCCACAGCCAACAAGUACCAAGUCUUUUUUUUCGGGACCCAUGAGACGGCAUUCCUGGGCCCCAAAGACCUCUUCCCGUACGAGGAGUCCAAGGAGAAGUUCGGCAAGCCCAACAAGAGGAAAGGCUUCAGUGAGGGGCUGUGGGAGAUCGAGAACAACCCCACUGUCAAGGCCUCGGGCUACCAGUCCACCCCGAAGAAGAGCUCAGUGGAUGAGCCCGAGCCCGAGCCAGAAGCCACAGAGGGGGAUGGCGACAGGAAGGGGAGUGCCGAGGGUAGCAGUGACGAGGAAGGGAAGCUGGUCAUCGACGAGCCAGCCAAGGAGAAGAAUGAGAAGGGGGCACUGAAGAGGAGAGCGGGGGAUGUGCUGGAGGACUCCCCUAAACGUCCCAAGGAGGCAGAAGACCCCGAAGGGGAGGAGAAGGAAGUAGUCCCCUUGGAGGGUGAGAGGCCCCUCCCCGUGGAGGUGGAGAAGAACAGCACCCCCUCUGAGCCCAGCUCUGGCCGGGGGCCUCCUCAGGAGGAAGAAGAGGAGGAGGAGGAGGAGGAGGAGGAAGAGGCUACCAAGGAAGAUGCUGAGGCCCCUGGCAUCAGAGAUCAUGAGAGCCUGUAGCCACCAAUGUUUCAAGAGGAGCCCCUGCCCCGUUCCUGCUGCUGUCUGGGUGCUACUGGGGAAACUGGCCAUGGCCUGCAAACUGGGAACCCCUCCCCCUCUCCCCCCUGCUGUCCUCUUCCAUUUAUUCUCCCCACUCCAAGCCCAGCCCCUGGAGAUUGACCUGGAUGGGGCAAGCCAGCUGGCCCUCACCUCCAUGUUCCCAACACCCCUGUGAUCUGAGUCAGGGCUCUGUCUUCUGCUUCAUGGGCUGAGAUGAGACCAUUGUGUCCCUCCCUGCCUGGAGCUGUUUCUGAGGGUAUCUGUUGGGGCCUGGACUGGCUGUUUCCACCUCCGGACACCUCCUCCGCACCCCUGUCCCCCCCCCCCCCCCGUCCGUCCCCCCAGCAUUCUGGACCUCUGGGUUAGCUGGGAUCAGAGGUAGGAGUGGAAAGGAUGGAGAAUAAACAGCAGGGUCGGCUUCUGGGCCUAAGAGGGGCAAUCUUCAAAUUGGGGAGGGGGGUGGGCAGGAGGGUGGCAUCUUCUUGCACUCCUGUCCCUUCCUCCCAUACCUAUUAUCCCAGCUGCCUAGAUUCAGGGAAAGUGGGACAGCUUGUGGGGGAGGGGCUCCCUUCCAUGAAUCCUUGAUGAUUAACAACACCCUUCUUUUGCUGAUCCCAGGAGUUCUGGGAGUUGUAGUUGAUCAUCAAAAGAUUGGGGCCUCCUGAGAUUGGAAGGGUUGGCUUCACCCAGCUAGGGUGGGAGUGUUGAGGAGUAUCUGUCCCCCCUUGAACUCUGCUCUGGGGAGACCCCCAGCUGCCCUUUCCCCUCUCCCCACGUGCUCAAGGCCAGCCUACAGUCAUAUAUGUCACCCAGACAUUAAGGAAAAGACACAUUUUUUAGGAAAUGUUUUUAAUAAAAGAAAACUACAAAAAAAAAUUUUAAAGACCCUAUCCCUUUGUGUGCCCCCCUCCUCCUCACUCCUUCCCCACUGUGGCCCCCAUUUCUGAGGUGCACUGGGAGGCUCCCCUUCUAUUUGGGGUUUGAUGACUUUUCUUUUUGUAGCUGGGGCUUUGGUGUUCCUUCUCGUGUCAUUUCCCAUUCACAUCCCCCACCUGGUCUCCUCAGUGUCGUCACCAGACCCGAAACCCACUGAGAGGACAGGGAAAGAAGUGCCCUCGCCCAGCCUCUCGCGCGGUCUCUCUGCCUCUCUCCAGUCUCCUGUGUCCCCCUCGCCCCUCUCCUUUGGGCUCUGAUGAAAAAUUGCUGACUGUAGCUUUGGUUGUUUAGCUAUGAGAACAGUAGACAAUUUCAGUUCUAGGAAAAUAAAACCCGUUGAUUACUA